AAAAUUUGGUCAGAUGAUAAACCUAAAUGUGUCAUGGGGGUCGUCAGGAAGAGAACGGGAACCUUUAAUAGAAACCGUUUGGAAGAUUUUUACACACACCCAUACAGCGUGCUACAGAUAUUUUGAAGAGGUGGGAUUCAAUGAUCAUCAUCGAUUUACAAGUGCAGUAAUGCCAGUCUUCACCAAUGAGAUCAAUGAUAUUUGGAAGAGCAUGACAGAACUUAGCCAGGAACCAUAUUCAGGAUUACUAGGAGACCCCAUAAAAUUGAUGGAUGGAGUGACGUACUGUUCUGAGUUUGCAAAACUUGAUACGGAAUAUCCGUGGGAAAUUCCUCGCCCGGAGAAGGAAUUAAGCAAAAGACGACGGAAAAGGAGUGUGACUGGUGAUGAGACGUGCCUUCGCGAAGAUUUUGACAACAAAUGUAACUUAUAAAGCUACUAUAGUGAACUGGAGGACAGGUAGUG